CCGAUGGGUAUAUAAAAUCGUGGCCAGUCCGUGGCAAAUUCAACAGUUUUACAGUUGCUGCGAAAACAGCAAGGUAAACGCAGCAAAAAUAAACACAAACAGUUUCCACCGAAGGUACCUCAAAAACCAACAAUGAAGCUCAUCUCGUUAUUCUUCCUGGCUUUUGUUGCCUUUACUGCCGCUAAAGUGGUGCCCGUUUCAAAUGGCAAUAGUAUGAGCAUUGAUCAGCAUGGCAAAAGGGUUUAUGCGGCUGAGGUCGAGGAUAAAUGUGACUAUUAUUGCGCCGAGAAGGAUCCCUCUGUGUGUGCCAGCAAUGGACAAUGUCUGCUGAAGUUCGAGAGCCACUGUGCCAUGACAGCCUACAACUGCCGCAAUCCCCAGAAGAUGUUUAAGACCGUGGAGGACCAUCGAUGCAUGCAGGACUGGCAGCCCCUUUGCAAGGAGGCAGAUCUCAGGGAGUUUGGAUUGUGAGGAGGGUUUCGGUUGAUAGGUUGUGGAAUAAAUAUGCAAUAAAACUAAAAUGAAGAA